AUAAUCACUGAAUGCUUAUAACUAUAAACCAAUAAAUGAUUUAUUAGUACAAAAGUGAACGACAGAAGGAAAUAUAGAAUUGAAUCCAACAUUUUAAGGCCGAACUUGACAUCCUUUUGCAAAGUACUCAUCCAUUCACUCCCAGCGCCGAUGCCUGAGAUAUUCUUGUGUAUUGGUUAUUAUCAGGCGAUUGAGGGAAAGGGAGGGAGAGGUGUGAGAAUGUAUUGAGACGUUCGGCACUUUAAAUGAUUGCUUUGAAUGCGAUUUGAGAGCAAAUUCUUAUUGAAACUCAAGGCUGACGAGAGCUGAAGGCGAUAUCCUAUGCGAUGAUGGUUUGGGUGUAUCUGAAGACUAGUGCAGAACUACUCUCUAAAUGGACAUCACUAUAGACGAUACGCUCGUCUCACAUGCCUGUCCUUCACAACACAAUUAUAUAAAAAGAGGUGUUUUUAAUCGGAUCCCAAAUUAUUAGCUUUUUGCUGCUCUUUUGUAUUUGACUUUUUCGCGCAACAAGUCUUACGACAAAUCUUUCGAAAAUGAAAGCAAUCGCACUGAUCGUCUUUGCACUGAUCGCUUGUGCCAGCGCUGGCAUCCUCAGCCCAUAUGUCGGAUACUCCGGCUACUAUGCGGCGCCCGUAGUUUCUCGUUCAUACGUUUCCUCGCCGUACGUGUCAUCCUAUGUGUCCCCAUACGUGGCCCGAAGCUACGUCGCCUCGCCAUACGUCGCCUCGUCAUACGUUGCCUCACCGUACGUCUCGAGCGCCUAUGUCUCGCCGUACGCCACCUACUCUUACCUCCUCAAGAAGUAA